AUGUUUGUGCGCGGGAAACAGGGUGGCAAAGCACGCGCUAAGGCUAAGUCCAGUUCAUCUAGAGCCGGCUUGCAGUUCCCGGUGGGCCGAAUCCACCGUCUGCUCCGCAAGGGCAAUUAUGCGGAGCGCUUUGGGGCUGGUGCACCGGUGUACCUGGCGGCCGUGCUGGAGUACCUCACAGCCGAGAUUCUAGAGCUGGCGGGCAACGCUUCUCGUGCCAACGAGAAGACGCGCAUCAUCCCCCGCCAUUUACAGUUGGCCAUCCGCAAAGACGAGGAACUGAACAAGCUUCUGGGCGGUGUCACCAUCGCACAGGGCGGCGUCCUGCCCAACAUCCAGGCCAUGCUGCUACCCAAAAAGACCGAUCACCACCACAAAGUCCAGGGCAAGUAAUUCCCAAGUCAUGAAUCCCGAUGAGUGACAAUGUUCGGGGAAGAAAAACCAAAAGCUCUUUUCAGAGCCACUCAAAUGAUCAGGGAAGACUGUGCAUAUGCUGCCAUGUAUGUGGGAUGCUUACGCGUAUAUAUAGGUACACAUGCCCUGAAUCUUAGUAAAAAUCCCAGCGCUCCAAAAUGACCUUUGGUUCUACUAACGGGUUCUUUUGAGUUGUAAAGCUGUUGAGGCUCAACAAGCUUCCCUGGUAAGUGGUCAGCAAGGAUCUGAAGGUUUUUUUGAGAGUGCAGUGGGAGGGGCAGAGAGCAGGAGGGAGAA